CUCCCUCAUCAUAUCACGCCUGGACUACUGCAACUCCCUCCUCACCGGCCUCCCUCCGUAUCCGCCACCCCCCUCUGUCAUUCCCUUCACUGGCUCCACCCCCCUCUGCCAAUCCCUCCACUGGCUCCACCCCCCUCUGCCAAUCCCUCCACUGGCUCCACCCCCCUCUGUCAUUCCCUCCACUGGCCUCCACUCAGUGUGUCCUCCACCCCCCUCUGCCAAUCCCUCCACUGGCCUCCACUCAGUGUCCUCCACCCCCCUCUGCCAAUCCCUCCACUGGCCUCCACUCAGUGUCCUCCACCCCCCUCUGUCAUUCCCUCCACUGACCUCCACUCAGUGUCCUCCACCCCCCUCUGCCAU